AUGAGUGCGGCAUUCGGUUCGUCCUUCGCGGUGAUGCAGCGUCCGGUGGGAAACACCACUGCCUUCAGCAUCGACUCGCUCAUCGGCGGCUCCCAGCAGCCCAGUCCGGGACACUUCGUGUACACUGGUUACCCCAUGUUCAUGCCUUACCGCUCUGUGGUUCUUCCUCCUCCUCCUCCACCACCACCACCUCACGGCCUGACUCAGGCGCCUCCUCAUCACCAGCUCGCCGCUUUACCGGCUGCUAUACCGGGCGCUUUCUGCUCCAGUUUGGCGCAGGGCAUGGCGCUCACCUCCACGCUCAUGGCCAGUCUGCCCCAACACGCGGAAGCGGCCCGGAAGUUCGGCACGCAGGCGCUGCACGCGGCCUUUGACAAAUCCCACGAGAUCCGACUGGACGCAGAAGACGGCAAAAGUUUCUUGACCAAAGAGACCGCUGCACUUCUGCCCUUCCAUGAUGAGCCUCUGCAAUGAAUUUUCCCAUCCACAGUACGAGGUCACGGCAAGGACGAUCCCAAGGAGGAUGACUGCACAAGGAAGGACGAGAGCUUCUCCAUGGAUAGCGACCUUGACUACAGCUCGGAUGACAACAUGGCCUCUGCGUCCAACUCUCUGUGUGCCAAAGAUGACGGCGAGGUGAGCGCGGGCCUGGAGGAGAGCACGCGCUCCGGGAGCGGCGCCUCAGGGGGGAAAAACCGGAGGCGGCGGACGGCGUUCACCAGCGAGCAGCUGCUGGAGCUGGAGAAAGAGUUCCACUGCAAGAAGUACCUGUCGCUGACAGAACGCUCGCAGAUCGCGCACGCCCUGAAACUCAGCGAAGUGCAGGUGAAAAUCUGGUUUCAGAACCGCAGGGCGAAGUGGAAACGCGUAAAGGCGGGGAACGUGAACACGAAAGCGGGUGAGCCGUCCCGAAACCCUAAAAUAGUGGUGCCCAUUCCUGUGCAUGUGAGCCGCUUCGCCAUCCGGAGCCAGCAUCAGCAGCUGGAGCAAGCCAGACCCUGA